CCGGGUCGUAUUGACGUACAAUCGCGUUCGCUUCUCUCCUUCCUCUUCUCCAAGGAAAACAGGGGAAGUCUUCCCUCAAUUCCGUGGAGUAGCGCCACUUCCACCGCUCUUCCUUCUACCCUUUCUCUCGCCUUCGUGGUUUUUUUUCUGGCGAGGUCACUUCUCUCCUUAAUCCUCUUCUUGAAUUCGAAACCAAAAAUCAUCUUUUCAUCGUUAUAUUCUUGGAUUAAGUAAGAAAGAAUGGAGAAAGAGCAAGGAUUGGAAUGGCUCGAGGCCCAAAAGAUCGUCAUUAGUGAAGAUCUUGUCUCGGUCGCCAAGCGGCAGCUGGAUUUUCUUGCAGCAGUGGACCGGCGGCGGUGGCUCUAUGACGGCCCCUUGUUAGACCGGGCAAUCUACAGGUAUAAGGCUUGCUGGCUUCCUUUGCUUGCAAAACACACCGAAUCUGGAGUUGUAGAGGGGUCUUUGGUCGUCCCUCUUGAUUGUGAAUGGAUAUGGCACUGUCAUCGACUUAAUCCGGUUCAAUACAGAAAGGACUGUGAGGAAGUCUAUGGGAGAAUCUUGGGCAACCAGAAUGUUGAAUCUUCUGUUCAAGGAAAAUCCAAACAUCAAACAGCAGAAAAAUGGGACAAACUAUAUCCAGAUGAGCCUUUUGAACUUGAUGCUAGCAAUCCUUCUUCUGGCAAAAAUGCUGAUAUGUAUGUUGAAGCUGUAGAAAGUAUUACAUAUGAUUUAGUUUCGGCUGCUAAAAGACAGUCUUCUUUCUACUACCAGGUCUCACGUGCCAGCAUGCAUGAAGACUGCUUUCUCAAAGCAGCUGUAGCCAGAUAUAAAGGCUUUCUUCAUCUGAUCAGGAGAAACCUGGAGAGAUCAAUGAAACGCUUCUGCGUACCAACUUAUGACAUAGAUCUCAUAUGGCAUUCUCACCAACUGCAUCCUCUUUCUUAUUGCAAUGACAUGGUCGAGCUGCUGGGGAGGGUAUUGGAGCAUGAUGAUACAGAUGCUGACAGAACCAAAGGAAAGAAACUUGAUGUUGGCUUUUAUGAAACUAGCAAGCAAUGGGAGGAUACAUAUGGUUUGCGAUAUUGGAGGGCAGGGGCAAUGUACAGAGGAAAUUUGCCAUCUCCCCUAGUAGAAACUCCAUAUUUAUCUAAUUAUGGUACCAAAAAUGAAAUUAUCUCUCAGAAAUCUCAGAAUUACCUUCCUCUUCCUCAAACAAUGGUGGUGGAGGUCCUUUUGGAAAUUGUGGGUAUAAGAAAUUUGCCAGCCAGUCAUCAAAACAGAAGCUUGUUUGUAUCUUUCAGCAAGAAACAACGAGAUUUGUUUUUCACUGGGAGCUGUACACUAAGUAUUUUCUCUGAAUCUGGGGAGAAACAGGUAGCUGGUUUCAAGUGUGAACCUACUGGAGAACUGACGUUGACCCUUAUGUCCAAUUCAACCUCCAAUGUAUCUUCAUCAAAGGCAGCAAAAAUUAUUGGGACAACCUCAAUUUCCCUUCAAGACCUGACAAAUCCAGAAUCUAACUUGUCUGUAGAAAAUUGGUUUGAACUAAAGCCCCAUUUUGGACAUGUAGACUCAAAACCGGUUUGUCUGCAUGUUGCUGCCUCUUCUACUGUUCCAGUCCGUGCCCCCCAUGUAUUUCACGUAGUCAGGUCAUGUCCCUUCUCUGCAAACACAUGUUUCUUCCCACUUCUUGGGAGGACUCAACAGAUAAAAAGCUGGACUCGUUUCAUGGAUGACAAUAGAAAUGAAGUAAUUAGCGUACGAAUGAGGAAUUAUAAGAAAACAGAGGAAGGAAACAACUCUGUUUUCAAGAAGGAGGUGAUUGGAGAAACAAAAUUAUCAAGAAAGCCAUGUCUGCUGGCAGAGUACGCAGAAAACAAAUGGUCACUGAAUGAUUCUAAUCUGUCCUUUGGUAUUGAGAAGAUUACUAACCAACAUGGUCAUAUUCUUGAACUCAAUGGUGAACACCAGAUAAAACUCUUUCUUGGUAAAAAGCUGGAGUAUGAACCCAAAAACUGCAAGGAGCGAACUGAUCACAACUUUAUCACGGUUGUAGAGUUCUGUGCUGAAAAUCCCUAUGGAAAAGCAAUUGCUUUGUUUGACGUGAAAUCCGAGUCUAUCGAGGUCAGUGAAGAGUGGUUUGUGUUGCCGGGGAUCGUGCUGGCAUUUAUUCUCUCGGACAUGUUGAAGAAAGAAGGAUACAGUUCUCUCAUUGCCUGUGAAAAGAAUGUUAAAGAGAGAAGCAAUUCAAAUCUGGAAGUCAAUAAGCAAAAUUCAAAUGACAAGAUCGUGAAUUCCUCACUGGCAAUGGAUACUAGCAUGACUGGAACAGGCAGUGCUCCGAUGCCAUCCAAGAGCAGCGGUGGUGGUGCUGCAGAAAAAGCUGGAGGUUGUGGCAGUGGAUGUGGAGGCAGCUGUGGAGAUGCUUUAAGUGGUGAAAAUUCUGGUGGCUGUGGAGGUGGGUGCGGUGGUGGAUGUGGUGGUGGAUGUGGAAGCGCAACGAAGAGCACUGGGUGUGGUGGCUGCGGUGGUGGAUGUGGCGGUGGAUGCGCUAGCUUGAAGGCUGAGGUGACUAGCCAUAAAGAUGCUGUCUGCGCUUAAUGGGAAUGUAGUGUUAGCUUUGUGGAGUGAAUAUAAAUAAGUGUUCUGAACUAAUACAAGAGCUCUUGCUCCACAAAGAUGCUGUCGGUGCUUAAUGAGACUGUAGUGUUAGCUUUGUGGAGUGAAGAUAAAUAAACAAGUGUUCUGAACUAAUACAGGAGCUAUUGCUCUUGGUUAUGGUUUAAGGUGUGUCUGUGUUGUGGUGCAUGCGACUCUCAAGAAUAAAAUUAUAGAAAUUCAUUUCAUAAAA